AUGUCGGACGACUCGGUGGUCAUACUCGCAGGAGUUCGAACUCCUAUUGCUUCGUUUCGCGGUUCCUUCGCAUCUGUGAGUGCAGUUGAGCUGGCUACAGCAGCAGCUCGAGUCGCCAUAGAAAGAUCAGGUCUGUCUCCUAACGAUAUUGAAGAGUCUUUUGUUGGCUCUGUACUAACGGCUAAUUGUGGACAGAACGUCGCUCGGCAAGUUGCCAUUGCUAUCGGAAUUCCUAAGAAAUCUCAGGCGGUGACCAUCAACAAAGUAUGCUCGUCUUCCAUGAAGGCUUUGGCACUAGGCAUGCUGUCCAUUAAAAGCGGAUAUCGCAAGAAGAUACUCGUCGCCGGCUGCGAAAAUAUGAGCCAGGUUCCUUUCUACAUGCCACGUGGAGAAAUACCUUACGGAGGAUUGCAUAUUAUAGAUGGUAUUGCAAGAGACGGACUGCAAGAUUCUAUGCUGAAUUCUCCUAUGGGUCUUUGUGCUGAGAAAUCGGUGAAGAAUCCUUGUCAAGAAUGUGAAGGUCAUGGACAGAGUGUUCAACGAAGGCAAGUUUCGUUCACCGUUCCGGCUGGCACCAAUGACAAAGACCGCGUGCGGUUCCAAGUAGGAAAGAACCAGAUAUAUAUGAUGUUUAACGUAGCACCGUCGUUGAAAUUCCGCCGUGAUAAGGACGAUAUUCAUUGCGAUGUAGAAAUUUCUAUUGCUCAAGCUGUACUUGGUGGUACUGUAAAGGUUCCGGGUAUUAUAGAAGAUACGUACGUUCAUGUACCACCAGGAACAUCAAGUCAUACGAAGAUGAGAUUAUCUGGAAAAGGAGUGAAACGGUUGCAUUCUGCCGGUUAUGGUGAUCAAUAUAUUCACAUUAAAGUUGCUGUACCGAGUUACUUGAGUGCUGAUCAACGGGCUCUAAUGCUUGCUUGGGCAGCUACUGACAAGCCAAAAAGUGGUACAGUGAAAGGUUUUGAUGAACACAGUGAGUAUUUGAUCCAUUCGCUCAUUUUCAUGGUCUUAACUUAA